AUGUCGCGGUAUCUCUCUCCAUCCAAAAUCGGCCUGUUGGCUCUUGUCGAGCUGUACAUCAAAGGAGCAGUUCCCAACGAUGCCAUCAUCCCAGUGGUCAGCUUCCUCGCAUCUCACCUGCUUGACUGCAGUUUAACAGGGCCGCUCUCGGCUCCUGACGCACAAUGGAGGAAGGCCGAGGACACCAUUCAGCUUGCCGUCUCGGUCCAGCACUUCGAGGAUCUGCUGGCGCCCUUUCCUGCGAUCGACCGUCUCCCCGGCCGAAGUCUCUGGGAUAGGUUUCUGGAGAAGCUCUGGGGCAUUGACUCGUUGCACACGUUGCACGACUUCUUCGACGAGCUUCCGAAAUUCCUGGCCAGGACGAAAGCGGAGCUGCGCGAGCUAGAGGCGCGCGGCGAGGAGCCUCCUUCCGGCGUCCUUCUGGCGCGGAACUCACCAUUUGGGGUUUUUGUCAGAAGGGCACACCUUGAGUUCACAAAGUUGCAGUUCGACCAUGUCGCCGACCUGUGGAAAACGUUUGUCAAGUACCGGCAGCCGACGGCUGCGUACUGGAGACGACGGAACCCUCAACACACCCGGCUCAGUUUCGACUCGGUCCUUCUGGACCGCCAGCAUGAGUGGGGACCUCAGACCGACGAGGUUGCAGUGGCGGCGUAUGGGAACAUGCUCCUCGUGGAUGGUCAAGAAAGCGCGCCACCAGUCAGCACCGACGAUAUUGAGAGCCUGUUGGAGUUCCAGAUCGAGCAGGUGCAGACAACUUCUGAAAAGCAGUCGUGUCGUCCCGAGCUUGUCACACUAUCUCAAGUAGGACUUUGGCUUACCUGGCGUAGCUUUUCCGACUCAUGGCGGGCCAGAGAAUUUCCCGCGGCGUUCGAUCACCUCCACCGCUACUUCGACUACACCAUGCAGGACCGGGACCGUCUGUUUUACCAGUACGCGCUGCUGAACCUGGCGAUUGUGCAAUCAGAUUUUGGCUGUCACAAGGAGGCCGUGGCAACCAUGCUGGAAGCUAUCUCGACGGCGAAGGAGAACCGGGACACUACUUGCCUCAACUUUGCGCUGAACUGGUUCUUCCAUUUCGGUAAAGCACACCCAAGCCUCGUUAAGGAGCUUGAGGGUAACAGCAUGCUCGGAAGCGACAAAGAACUUCUCGCGUUCCUCCGGGCCAAAGCAAAGGAAACGGGCAUGUGGAUACUUUGGAGUUCGGCGCUUCUAAGUGACGCGAAGCUGGGGCUGGCCAAUGGCGAAAGCAUCUCUGUCGCAAUGGAGAGCAUGGCGCGAAGUUCCCAGAUCAUUGUUGAGAAAAACAUCAAAUCGAUGCUUGGAGCCCAGCUCUCACUGGCCCUUGCCUUGUGGGACAGGCUCGGCAUGGCCGUCAUGUCGAGCAUGACGUGCGAAGUCUUCCUCCGCUGCCAUGCUCGCGGCUCCGUCUUUGACGACGAGCUGAGAUUCGCGUGUAGGAUGGCGGGUAUGCUAGCUGGCAAGGGGAUGUAUGAGGAAGCACGCGCACAGCUUGAGCGCGUGGACGUUAACUCGCUCCGCUCAGCAAAAGCUGACCAAUACUGGCGACUUUACCGUGGCCUCCUGAAGCUGCGCCGCGACCUCCACCACAAUGACCUCGAGUCCGCCGAAACCCUCCUCUCACAGCUCCUCCAGAACACCACCGAGAACAUCGAAUCCGAUAUGGUCUUCAUCAUCGACACGCUCCACAUCGAGGCUCUCACCCGCCGCAAAGACUACAAUGCGGCUUUCAACAAAGUCGACCGCCUCAUUUCCGAGCUUCGCGAUGACGAUCGCGACGUCUCCUUACGGAUCCGCCUCCUCCUACUCAAAGCCCAGAUCUUCGACAGCAUCGGCCGCCCAGAGCGCGGCUUCACGCUCGCCAUGCGCGCAGCGAGUAUGGCGUGGCGGGCGCGCCUCCUCUCGCUGCUCUGGCAGGCCGUCGGCGCAUUAGCCAACAUCCUCAACGCCCUUGGCGAGUUUGCCGCCGCCGAACGGUUGCUUGUCUCCGUACUGCCCCGCUGUCUCGAGACCGACGUUGCUUACACGGCCGGCACGCUGUACGACCUGCUGGCGGACGCGAGAGUGGGCCAGGCGGGAGAGAUGGUCAAUAAAGGUGGCAGUCGGAGUCGCGGUGGCGGAGCGCCGUCGCCAGAGAGGGUUGCGAUGAUAGACCGGGCGCAGAAGGCGCUGGAUCGGGCAUUCAAGUGCUUUUCUGCGGUGGAGGAUGUCACCAAAAGGGGUGAGAUCAUGGCGAAGAAGGCUACGCUCUUCAGGGCGAGCGGGGAUCUUGCGAGGGCUGAGGAGUGUGCAGAUACAUAUUUGAGAUUGUGGGAUGAGAUUUCGGUGGGAAAGGGGUGA